CCAGAUCAGAGGGACCAGGAAACCUGUUCUUCACUGCAUACCAGGUCCAGCCUCCUUUGAACCAUGAGUUCCCACCAGAAGAAGCAGCCCUGCACCACACCCCCCCAGCUUCAACAGCAGCAGGUGAAACAGCCCUGCCAGCCUCCACCCCAGGAGCCAUGUGUCUCCAAAACCAAGGAGCCGUGCCACACCAAGGUUCCUGAGCCAUGCCACCCUAAGGUUCCUGAGCCAUGCCACACCAAGCUGCCAGAGCCAUGCCACACCAAGAUUCCUGAGCCAUGCCACCCUAAGGUUCCUGAGCCAUGCCAUACCAAGCUGCCAGAGCCAUGCCACACCAAGGUUCCUGAGCCAUGCCACACCAAGGUUCCUGAGCCAUGCCACACCAAGGUCAUUCCAGCACCAGUUCAGCAGACCAAGCAGAAGUAAUGUGGUCCAUGUCCUUGAAGAACCAACCACUGAAUGCCGAAUCCCCUCUCCCAUUCUGCUUAUUUGUCCCACUUGCCAUUAGCAUGCUGUCACCCUAAAUCAUAAUCCCUCCCUUUUUCCCUCCAGAAAGAUGUCCCUCACACUCAGUUUGGAGGGCUCCUGAGCCCAGGGCUCAUCUGAAGAGUGAUUUUUUGGAGGGAGGAGAAAUCAAGUGACUCUUCCCUGCUCUGCCCCCAUUAAAUCAUU